AUGGAAAAUAUUAAUACUAAUAAUAAUAAUAUUGUUCCAACAAUAGAACCCAACAACAAUAAUACGAAUAAUAAUAAUUGUAAAUGCAAUUGUUUAAAAUGUUCAUAUGAUAUAUUAUUUGGUAGAUUGACUGGUGCAAGCAGAAUUGAUGUCAAUGUUGAUUUGGAAUCAUGUUGUAAAUCAGAAAAAGAAGAAGAAGAAAAAUGCACUGGAUCAUGUUCAAAUACUAUUUGGCAAGAUGGAAAAUAUCAAUAUCAAAUUACAAUUCCAAAUCUAUCAAACAUCGAUGAUGGUGAUAAUAAUAAUAAUAAUUUGGAUCGAUUAAAAAAUGGUAUUGAUUCCAUUGAACAAAUAGAAUCAACAAAAUAUGAUUUGGAUAAAAGAUUAAUCGAAAUUGAAAUGGUAUCACAUAAUCCAAUCAUUCCAAUAUUACAAUUAUUAAAAACUUUAAAAUAUACAAUUACUCAAAUUAAAACUAUCAAUCUAUCAUCCAAAUCCAAAUCCAAUAUAAAAAUUAAUCCAACAACAACAACAACAACAAUAAUAGAAUGUCCAAAAAAUAUUGAAAGAAAUAAAAUAUUAAUUGGAAUUUAUGGUAUGACAUGUGCGAGUUGUGUUGGAAUUGUUGAACAUGGAAUUAAAUCUACUGAUGGAGUUUUGGAAUGUUCAGUCAAUUUAUUAUCAGAACGAGCAGAAGUUAUUUAUCAAGAAUCAUUGACAAAUGUAAAGAAUAUUUGUGGUGCAGUGGAAGACUUGGGAUUUGAAACAAAGGUAUUAGAGUUGGAAAACCCAGGUACUUUUUAUUUAAAGAUUGAUGGAACGUAUGAAUUGGAAUCGAUUACUUUAUACUUGACUAGAGUGACUGGUGUCACAUUGGUAGAACAUAGAGGUUCCAACCCAUCAUUAGCCGAUCUAGAUGAAAAGGUAUUUAAAAUUCAUGGGGAUUCUACUGUUAUUGGUCCAAGAACAACUAUACAAUUAUUAAAACGGGAUUUAAAUUUGGUUGGGUGUCUGGUAGACCCCAAUUCAUCUAAUCUCAAAGACUCGUUGAUGAGAAAGAGAGAGAUUGCCAAAUGGAAGAGACUGUUUAUAUUCUCGAUUGUAUUCACUCUGCCGUUGAUUAUCAUCUCGAUGGUGUUGGUACCUGCUCAUGUCAUGUUUUUCAUGCAAGAGGUGGAUUCCCGACUUUCUCUUACACGCGAGUCACUCAUUGGGUUUGCAUUGGCCACUCCAGUGCAAUUGGUGUCGGGGUACACGUUUUACCGUGCGUCAUGGGCCGCUGUAAAGAACCUGCAUGGCAACAUGGACCUGUUGGUGGCUGUUGGAUCAAGUGCAGCCUACAUUUACAGUAUUGUCUCGAUUGUACUGCGUAUCUUGAAUCCGCAGUUUGAAGGUAUGCACUUUUUCGAAACCAGUGCUUCACUCAUCACAUUUAUCAUUCUUGGUCGAUGGUUGGAGAAUAUUGCCAAAGGUCAUACAUCGUCGGCCAUUGUCAAACUCAUGAAUCUACAAGCCAAAGAAUCUACAUUGGUUACACUGGAUGACAGUGCAAAGACAUUCUCUGUCAUGUCUGAACAAACUAUUCCAUCUAAUCUAAUCGAGUUUGGUGAUGUAUUAAAGGUUGUCCCAGGUGCGUCAGUUCCCACUGACGGACGGGUACUAUACGGUACAUCAUCAAUUGACGAAGCAAUGAUCACUGGCGAGUCGAUCCCAGUUACUAAACGUGCUGGCGAUCUUGUGACUGGUGGUACACUCAAUGUAGAGGGAAUCAUCUAUAUUAAAGCCAACAAGAUUGGAUCAGAGUCUACUCUAUCUCAAAUAAUAUCAUUAGUUCAACAAGCACAAACAUCCAAAGCACCCAUUCAAGCAUUGGCCGACUCUAUAUCCAAGGUGUUUGUACCUCUCAUCAUCUCUCUUGGUAUCAUCACAUUUAUCAUUUGGAUAUCACUAGGUGUCACACAUUCAUACCCAGCGUCUUGGACAAUGGGAAACAGCCCAUUCAUCUUUGCCUUUUUAUCGGCCAUUUCAGUCAUUGUCGUUGCAUGUCCCUGUGCACUCGGUCUUGCCACCCCUACCGCCGUAAUGGUAGGUACUGGUGUCGGCGCGCAAUACGGUAUACUCAUCAAAGGUGGAAAAGCACUUGAAACUGCUCACAAAACAUCGGCCGUCCUAUUUGACAAGACUGGUACAAUCACUACUGGAAAGAUGGCGGUUACUAGCCACAAAAUAUUAGUAUCGGAAAGUGAAAUGGCUGAUUCAAAGUUUUUGGAACUAGUCUCAAUUGCUGAAACAUCAAGUGAACAUCCAAUUGCCAAAGCAAUAGUUCAAUAUUGUCAAUAUAGAUUAGAUAAUUUAACUCCUCCAACAACAAGUAAUAGUAAUAGUAAUAAUAAUGGUCGAUCAGAAGAAAUAAUAUUUCCAACAAACAAAUUGAAAGAAAUGGCAAAAGAUUUUAAAGCAAUUCCGGGUCGUGGACUUGAAUGUAUCGUAGAUGGUUGUAAAGUUAUGAUUGGUAAUCUAUCAUAUAUUAAUGAAAAUGGUAUCAAUCAACAAGACGAUCAUUUAUCGAAACAGAUUCUAGAAUUAGAGUCGAAUGGAGCUACUGUAGUCUAUGUAGUAGUUGAUGAUAAACUAGUUGGAUAUGUUUCGGUAUCGGAUCUACCUAGACAAGAUUCGGCAAGGGCUAUUGAACUGCUCCACUCUAUUGGUAUUAAAUGCUUUAUGGUGACUGGUGAUAAUUGUAGAACUGCCAAAUACAUUGCAUCACGAGUUGGUAUUCCAGAAAGCAAUAUAUUUUCACAGGUUGCACCCAAGGAAAAAGCAGACAAGGUCAAACAACUACAAGAUAUGGGGCACACAGUUUGUUUUGUUGGAGAUGGUAUCAAUGACUCACCAGCUCUUUCACAAGCAGAUGUAGGAGUUUCUAUUGCAGACACUGGUACCGAUAUUGCAAUCGAGUCAUCAUCUAUCAUCCUACUUAAAAAUUCACUAUGUGAUGUCUAUCAAUCCAUCCAUCUCUCUCGUAUUGUGUUCCGUCGUAUUCGAAUUAAUCUAACAUUGGCCCUCAUCUACAAUGUACUUGCAGUUCCAUUGGCAGCAGGUUGUUUCUUUUUAAUCUUUGGUGUAACUUUAAAUCCAGCGGUUGCAGCUGCUUCCAUGGUCUUUAGUUCGCUUUCAGUUUUAUCAAGUUCAUUAUUAUUAAAAUUGAUUAAAUUAAAACAUUAA